AUGUACAAUAUUUGCCGGAGCGUAGUCGCAUCACGCAGGUACACGCUGACUGGAUCAGCGUAUAAGCAACAGCUCGAGGCAUGGCUGCCGUCAGUUCACAGUCGGCACGCGACCAAAGAGGAUCGUUGCUGGCGAUUAUGCGCGAGUGAUGUGUCCUUGGUGCAGGACACGCGCCAGGACGACAGAAAUUGCCUAAAAUUGUCCCCUUUCGCAAGAAUAUGUGUUUGGAACGAUAACAUCCCGAGGAAACUAGAUCAACUGGAAUAUUACUGUCACAGAAUGGCCGAUGAAAGUUUUAUUUACUGCUGUAUAAUUCUAUUUUUCGGGAAAUUGGUGGUCGGGCAAGUGGAUUAUGUGGAAUAUUUUCUUGCGACUCAGUAACAUUUUUUUCAACACAAAUACAAGUUUCCUAAGAAGUUGAAGCACGAAAGUUAUUUAUAUAAUGGCAAGAACGUUUGAACGUUGCUCGAUAGAAUAUUUUCUCGCUUUUUGUUCCUCGAGUCGGGAAGAAAAUUGUAAAUAUCCUUCGAAUUCCCUGGUAGUUUCAAUUAGACGCACGAGGAAUCCACGCGAAUAGAGAAAGGCAGUGUACAAAGCCUCUAUAAGAAGAUGAUAAACUUGCCACUUGUUUUUCACUAACUAAGAAACAGAAUUCAUUAACAAGAGUCUCGAAACCUUCUCAGAAAGCCA